AUGAGUCCCCUCUUAAGUAGUGGCCCAGACAGCCCGCAACAAGAUCAAGUCAUGGAUGCACUCAUCAUCGGCGGCGGUUAUGCAGGCCUGUCUGCCGCCCUCAGCCUAGCCAGGACUACCCACAAGGUGGCGCUUUUUGAUGAACAUCAGUAUCGCAACGCCAAGGUAGAUUGGAUGCACACCAUUCCAACCUGGGACUCUCGCGACCCUAAAGACUAUCGGGCGGCAGUCCGAGAUGAAAUCUUGUCCAGAUACGACACUGUGCAAUUCGUUGACAGCAGAAUUGAGCGUCUGGAGAAGAUCCCGGACGGAGAGCAGAAGGGUUUAUUCGCGGCUACCGCGGCGGACGGAAACCAGUGGGUUGGCCACAAGGUCAUUCUCGCCUCUGGCUUGCAGGAUGAGUUAUUGGACAUCCUAGGUUACGCGGACUGCUACACACGGGGCAUAUUUCAUUGCAUGGUUCAUCGCGGAAUUGAGGAGCGUGGCUGCAGUUCAGCGGGCAUUCUCGCGGUCGCUGGUGAUGCAUCGGCUUUUGCUGCAACACACAUCGGUGCCCAAGCGCGCAACUACACAGACAAAGUCACUAUCUACACACAUGGUAACGAUGAGCUGGCGGCAGAAUGCAGACAGAAGCUGCUUUCAAGCGGCUUUUCAGUAGACAGUCGCAAGAUUGAACGAUUUGAGAAAUCGCCCAAGAGGGCACAAGUCAUCAUCCAUUUUGAGGGCGGUGCCACCGUGACCGAGGGUUUCCUCGUCCACCGACCCCUGACCAAGCUAAGGGGUGAUUUUGCAGAGCAACUAGGGCUCGAAAAAGAGGGACAAGCACUACUGAAGACGAAGCCGCCGUUCUACGAAACGAGCGUUCCUGGUGUCUUUGCCGCCGGUGAUGUGGCAACACCGUUCAAGAUUUCAACCUUAUGCCUCGCAACGGGGGCGAUUGCGGCGGCAGGAAUUCAAGCACAGAUCAAUGCAAUGAGGCAUAUUAUUUCCACAUAA